GGCAGCUGUCAGUGAUGAAAAUUUAAGUAAGUUUGGCAAACACAAAUAUGAAAUUAACCGUUUUGUUUAUGGUGAUGCAGCUGCUGGUGCUGCUGGCCAUUCGGGCGAAUGACCUUCCGCAGGAACAGCAGGAGUUGGCAGUUGGCUUGCAGCAGUUGCAGGACGAGAUGGCGCAUCCUUGGGGCACCCCCUGCGUUCGGGAUUGCUUGGCGGAGAAGGGCAUCCUGGCGGAGCGAGCCGGCGAAUGUCAGCAGUUCGAGCAGCAAUUCGACUGUACACUUUACUGCAUGUUUGAUGUCGAGUCGCCCUAUUAGGUCAUAAAGUGUCAUAGAGUGUCCCAUGCCAUUCCGAUCCCAGACCAGGA